UCUAUAUAAUCGAAAACUAUACUAAGUGGGAGAAAAGAGCAGAUUCCCCUCGUGACGUUCCCCUCAAGUAAUUUAUUUGAGUAGAUCGUACAUGCAUUCCAGUUUAUUUGAUUCUAAUAUUUGUAUCGUGCUUGCGCUAUUUGCAGAUUGAAUGUUUCGAAUGCGUAUCGUAUCGUUAAGAAAACAGUGAUAAAAAAAAUAACGUCCAAGGAAGAAUAUUUAAUUUGAACGUAAUGGGUGAAUGAUGCGCUAUGUCCGACACACGGGAAAAAUAACAAGUACGCCAUACUUGUUUUUGACACGACUCAUUCUAUGCCUAAUUUACGAUAAUGAGAAAAAAAUAUUGGUUAAAGAAUAAGUUAAAACACGUAGAUUUGCUUCAGCCUUAAAAUUUAUCUCCGUAGUAGUCAACUGAUAAAAAGAAAAGUUUACAAGUAUUCCAGUUGGAGCAGUUUGACGUACCUUAAACAAUUUUUGCAGUAUAUAUACAUAACCAUUAUAUACUUUUGUAAUUUACUGUUUACGUGUGCAAUAUACGCAUCUAUACUUAUUACCUAUUAUGCAAAUAAAGUUCUGUUAUAAAAUGGCAAAGAAUGAUGGUUCAAGAAUUCUUUGUGCAAAUACUAUGCAAGAAAAUGAAAGGAUAUUACACGAAUCUUGUCGUAAAUAUCAAGUAGAGACCAAAACCAAGGAAGAUUUUGAGAAGUUGUUUAUUAAACUUAACUACGUCUGUCAAAUAAGAUUGACCAAGGAGGAAAUACAAUUAAAUUCUUCUUGGCGUAAUAAAAAUGUUAUAAACUAUACGUAUGGACCUAUUCUGGGAUUUCCAUCUGGUUCUUGGUGGGGUAUUCGUAUGGAUUGCUCCCGCGAUCGUAUUCACGAUCCCUUUGAUGAAAAUAUUCAGGUCGGACCGUUCGGAGUUACAUCUAUCUGUACAUCGAGCAUCAAUCUAAGCGAAGAUGUUGACUUUGGUAAUUCUCUUACCCUUACGGGUCAGAAAUAUCUCGACGAGAAGUCCGACAAUGAUCCGCUUAUCAAAAAUUAUGAAAAUCAGAUACCGGUGAGACUGAUCAGAAGUUACAAUUUAUUGAACGAGUUCGCUCCGAAAACGGGUUACAGAUACGAUGGUUUGUAUAUCGUAACAAACUUCUGGAUAGGUAUAAAUUCAGAUUCUACGAAAUGUUAUAAGUUCUCUUUGUUGCGUUUUAACGAUCAAGAACCACCAUUGUGGGGUAUAAAACAGCCGCUUCUAGGUACAAGUAAAUGUUUCUCUAGCCAACAUUUUACACCCAUGCCUCUACGAAACUGCUCAGAAAAUUCGAUCCCGAGCUUGUAUGAAUUUAAAAAAUAUUCGCACACCUCCGAACCUGUAAUAUCAAAAGGGAAGCACGACAAGUCGAAUGGAUUUAUACAAUUUCCGACGUCUGAAAAUAAAAAGAUAGAAGAGAAGGAAAAGGCUCCAGCUGAAAGCGGGAUAGUAAUGCGGCACGUGUUUAAGAAAGGAACUGUAGAAUGUACACCUAGUAUAGCCAGUAUGUCUAUUGCGUCGGAAAACAAACCAUUGACCCAUAUUGGAACACAAGGAUUUAAAGCUCUUAAUACUAAUAUUUCUAUACGUACAGGACUGUACGAUUCGUCGCAUAGUACACAGCACGAUCUUAAAAAAACUACUUUAUCGCCGUUUUGUAGAACAGCUAAAUCACUUAAUUUACUUAAAAUUAAUCCUCACGCGGAAAAUCUGAGUUUGUCCAACAAAGACAAAAACAAAAGUUCAGACGGAAAGAUACAAAUGAUUACAACAAACGAUUUUCCUAAGCGUGUCGAUUAUAUUUCGCCUAACACGGUAAAACCAGACUCGUUGAAAAUUAAAUUGUCUAAAGAUACAAAUACAGAAUCGAACAGCAGCUCAAACGAUAAAAGUUCAAAUCCUUCCUGCACGCACGAAUGUAAUAACAGUAAAACGCAUAAAGAUGCGAUAAAUGAUUGCAUAGACGUGCACAAAAGUAAUGUAACUUCCUCUAGUAUGCCAACCAGUAUGCUAAACUUAACGGAGUCUACGUGUAAAAAUGAGACUUUGACGCAUAAAAUUGCAUCGAAAAAAGCACAGGAAUUAAAGUCGCUCGAGUCUAUAGACUCGCUGACACCGGAUAAAAUUCUACAUUUAAUUAACAAGAAAUGUCAUCCUCUAUCAAAGUUACUUAUGGGCAAUAUGAUAGGACUAACAUCGGAACAAUCUAUACAAUUAAAAACACAUGAUUUCUUAACAGUCCAAACAGAAGUCAAAGAUAAAGUAGCGACACAAAACAACGGCGUGGAAGAAACAAAGGAAAAGAAACAGUUCGAGUCUAUUUCGGACGAUUUAAUCGGCGCAAGAUAUUAUAAAUUUAGAAGACGUAAAAGAUUAUCCAGAAAAAUAAUGAAAAAAUCAGAGGUUAGGAAAUGCGACAAAACGCACAAUGGGGAUGUUCAGAAUGAUUCUAUGCAGUCUGCGGGCGUUUUAGAGCAAAAUUUAAUAGGUUUCAAUACAUGCGGCAGUUCGCAGAAAAGUAUAUUGCAGAAAGAUGUUUUGUAUUCGAGUAGACGUAACGCGGAUAUAGAAAAUAAAAUAGUAAAAGAAGCUAGUGUACAGAAGAAAAAAAUACAUUGCGCGCAAGAGCCGGGAAAAGAUGUUAAAAAGGACGUUGAAAGUAAAAACGAAACGAACACGCGUUUACGAACCAUGAAAGCGGUCAAGUCGUCGAUCAAGAAACAUAUAAAUAAGAAACAAAGACGAGAAAUUGCAAAUUUAUUAAUAGAUGCAAAAAUUGGCCCUAAAAUACGUGGUCCGCGAAAUAGAAGAUUGCGAUGCAUGAGUAAUACGUACGCGAAACAGUCGUACGAACGUUUCAGUACCGUAGUGUGUACCUUGAAUAAAUGCCGAAUUAAUUCAGAAAUAUCUGAACAACGAUCUACCUUAAAGAAUAGAAAUAAACUCACGAAAAUUGCUGGCUAUAAAAGCAUGAGAGAUAAAGAAACUAGAAAUGUUAGAAUACACAAGAAUCUCACUGUUUUCAAAAAGAUGGACAAGAACGAUAUAACAGAAAAAAUGAUAAACAAUAAUAAUAAUAAUAAUAACAAUAAUAAUAACAAUAAGAAUAGUACGAACGACAAUAAUAAGAAACCAAAAUCUGUAAAGGCUAAUAUUAAAAGUGUACAAACCAACGAUACAACGAUGAUCGUAAAUCGGAAAAGAAAAUUGAUGCAGAAAAUUCCCGCGAAAAUAAAAUUCACCGAGAACUGUAAGACGGACGCUGUGACUCAAUGCAGUCUCAUUAAAGAACCCCCGAUGAAAAACUUGAAAUCGAACGAGUUGGUUAAAAAGUAUGGCCGCAACGAGCAUUACACUUUUAUCAAGGUGGAGUACGGUGAAUUUAAAGACAUGAAAUCCGAAAUGUACGAAGCUGCUAAAUUUGCUGCCGCGAAUAAAGGUCAACGAGCACACAAGCCUAAUGAAAGAUACAAAUCGUGUACAGAGACUGUACGUAAUAUACAGCACCCCAAGACUUCGAAUGUACCGUUAAAUAGUGAUAUUUUGAAUACGAAGGGGCAAAGUAAAUUUUCGAUGGAAAGGGCGUCUGCAUUUGUACCUGUUAACGUUUUGGAUAGCGAUUCGAAGAUUGCUCGUCUCAGAUCGAUAGGAUUCAAGCCGAUAAUAACCGGCGAUAACGGUAAUGAAGGUGUCAGUAAUCAAAACAAGGAAGAUUGUUCUGAAGUAUUCAAUAGUAAAGUGCUAAAGCAAAAUGUCGCUGAAAAAUACAAUAAAUAUACUAACGAGGAGAAUGAUGUUGUCGUGUACAUGGAUGAUGAAUUACAAUAUCAAGAUAUAGAGGACGAAGACAAUAAUUCGUUGUCUAGCAAACGUAAAUCGUCGGAAUCCGAAGAUCGUGCAUCAAACAACGAGCAGUUAAACGAUAUAACUUUCGAAAAAGGAUCUAACGAUCUGUCGUCGGAACAAGAUUUAGAAUCACCUUGGCACGGAUGGAAAAAAGUUAUAACAAAUAAAGAUAUAUACUGGAUUGGUUGGUAAGCAAAGAAUAAAUCUUGUAUGUAAUUUGUAAUUUUCUGUAUUACUAUGUCGCGACCAGAAGAAAUUUAUCU